AUGGCACGCAAACGCUGCCGAACCAGCACGCCGGCAGUCGACAAAAAUGGCGGGAUGGCGCACGUCCUGCGCUUUCUUCCGCGGCAAUCCCUCUCGUCGAUGGCUCAAAGUUCACGUGCAUGGCAUGCUCUUGUGCACAGGUACUUUUGCCUCAUGCAAGAGGACCUGUCUGGUGGGUUGGAGCUGUCGUUGGCUAUUCCCGUCGUAAACACAGUCGACAGCGAACGAUACCCCCAAGGUUUCGUGUACCAAACGUCCACAACGUCCAUCGGCGGCAUGAACCUUCCUCCGCCACUCGAGCGGCAUGUCCCCGUGGAAGUGUUCAAACACCAUCGGACGGGAUGGAGUGUCCGCGCGACAACUGCAAUCGGUUCCGUGGAUUCGUUCAUCGGCGAGUACGUAGGCCGCAUUGUGCGCACGGCAACGAUGGAUCGAACGUCGAGGUACAUUGUAAGCAUCCGCGAAGAGGACAAGGAUAGCGGUGGCAUGAUCUGGCGGACCAACGUGGACGCGCGCGACGUCGGCAACUUCACGCGCUUUAUCAACCACUCAUGCAUGCCCAACGCGAGGUGGGACACAUAUCGAUCGCCGACGUCGUUCUUUCCGCGCAUCCACGUCAUGUCCCUGCGCGCCAUCGACGCCGGCGAGGAAAUCACCGUCGAUUACGGCGCGGCCGCCGGCAUCGGCACCACGCAUUGCCACUGCGGCACUGCAACAUGUCGGGGCUUUUUACCAUUCGACAGUACUUUGUAACUCAUACAAACCCCAGUGUACAGUUAGCUGUACUAGUACAUACUACUAGUACUAGUAGUCAAUUGGAAGGAUUUAUUUACCGUAGAUAUUUCAAUCUUCGAAAUGAGUACUAUUAUUAAUAAUAGUAUUGUCCUUUGACCCAAAAUUAGGACUUUUGGGG